GAUGUGUCAAGUCUCUCUGGUGAGCCAGCACACUUCAUCAUGUCACCCCGAUCAAUGGAGCCGACGAGCCUGCACGUACAGAGCUCUCUAAGCACAAGGACAGCUCUCGUUCUGCAUGUUAACGAUGACUCUUCUUCUGGCUCGAUUCCGUCCAAAGCUAACGCGUCUGCUUGAUUGACCGAUUACCAAUCUGGAUGUCGACGGGGUAGAUACUGAUGCCGAGCAAAACGAGCAGGGGCCGCGAAGCUGUUGUUCUACUGGUGAGCUCUUCAUCUCACAGUAUCUCUCAACCUCUCCUCAGCGCAAUACCGUAGUGCGUCAGAGUAUCGUCGACGAGCCAACAUGGAGCAUACUGCAAUGCCCCCACCCCACGUCUCAUCGAGACGCACGCUGUUCAUGAGGGUCCUUGAGGAUCAUUAUCGCACUCAUCUGGAAGCAUACCGCUGGCUCACUAAGGCAAUUGAUGAGUACCUCUCAGGAGGUAUCAGCCUCGAGGCCAUGUGGAUCUGGGUCUAUGCCUCUUUGAUCAACACACAUUCUCUGAACUUGGUUCCCCAUUUCAAGAUUUUCAUGCCUGUGGAUUGCGACUUUGGAAACCUCGAUCAGCUCUCGGACGAGGUCGCAAAGAUCAUCGAUGAUAAUGAGCUGAUGGAGCAACUGUGUUACAAGCAUGACCUACCUUUCUCGGACCUUGAUUGGGGAACGUUCGACUUGAGGCGCAGAGCUGCGCGUCUUGCGGAUGUCGAAGCGCGUCUCAGAGGACAGAGAGGUAUUGAGCCGCUGUCGGAAGUUGAGGUGAUGAUGGCUCGCGCCCUCGAGCUUGCCGUGCCCUUACCGAUCCUCUCGCCAGCCGCCAGCCAGCUGGCUCCUACUGAAGGUGUUAGUUUGGUCAGCUAUUACGCGGAUUCAAACACAACCCGCAGUAGCCAGCCUGAGAUUGUACCUGAGCCCGCACGCUUCUACGACGCUGUCAGAGAUCAGAUCAUCCUCAAGCCUGUCAGCCAUACUUCGCGCGCUGCUACCAUCACAGCUCAACUCGGACACCCAAUCACUACGCAGCAGUCCGCGCACAACAAAAACAAUCCCGAGAUGUCGCAACAAGCCUCCGAAUCCGACGACGCCCCUCGUAUCAGACGCCCUGAUGAUUCGGGUCGUCCUGUACGCAACGAAGAGUUGAAGACCACCAGACACGCCCCUGAGUUCAUCGACCCUUCUCUCACCAUGUCGGACUUCACCUUCGAGAUGCCGCGCAACGGAAGCACUCAGCGGAUUCCAGAGCAUGCCCCAUCUCCCAAACCCACCAACCCUGUCUCUUCUCCUAAGUACAAUGGUUUCGGCGAUCCUAUCUACCCUGUCGAGUCGAUCAGCACCGUCAAGCAGCCCACCAUUGUCAAGCCCAGUCUCCCCGAAAAGCCUGCCGCCUCGAUCCCAGCUGCUGCUCCUGUUCACCAGAGAACCGUCUGGAAGUCUCCUUGGAAGAAGCUCCCCAUCCAGCUCGCCGCUCCUCCUUCCAAUCUCCCAGAAUCCAACGAAAGUCACUUCUCUGCGCGCAAACGUCGAAAUCGAUUAUCAGUUACUAACAACAAGUUUCAGCCGGGCUACCACGGAAAGGGCAAGCAGCGCCAGGGAGGCCCAUCUGCUCAGCAGACCGUCGCCAACUCCAACUUCAACGAGUACGAAGGACCUCUCCUCAAGCCCAUGUACCAACCUCUCCCCAGCCCUGUCGAGUUCAUCGAGCCUCUGAGUCCCGUUCAUGGUGCUCAGCAGAAUGGUCUGCCUCCUCUGCCCCCUGUUCCUGCUCCCAAAAUGGACGGUCUGUCUACUCAGAAGCAGGCCGAGCUUGUUUACCAGCAGCUUCUGGCUGUGGGUGAACGCCAGAAGGCUGUCACUGGCAAGUACAGAACUCUUGCCGAUGAGCAGGGUGUUCAGGCUGCCAAGAAGCCCGAGAAGGGUGCUGGUGCUGGCAGUCGCUAGACAACCAGAGUGGAGCGAUGAUGGUGAUUAGUAGAUCACAGGAUUGUAACGAUAGAUACAAUGAUGGUCAGAUUAUCAACAAGGGCUCACAAGGAAGUGAGCAAUACAUGUAAAUGAGUGAACGAAACCAAGAAUUCCACUCCGUCCG